AUGUUAAAGCAGAAAAAAAUUGUGUUGAAUUCUGUCAAAGAGAGAGAAAAUCAAAAAUACAUUUGUAUUUGUAAGGUAGGCUUGUUUUUUUUUUGGGGGGGGGUUCUUCUUUCUUUCUUUCUUUCUUUCUUUUUUGCUGGAAUCUCUUUCUGUCUUACUUACCCUUCCUCCUCCCUUCAUCAAACCGUAAUCUCCCCCUCUCUCUUUAUUUUCAAACUUUCUCUCUUUAACUCUAAUAUUUCUUUCUGUUCUUUUCUUCUCUCCUUGCCAGCACCGAGCCCAACUAUCAUACCAUUUGCAUUCAUCGUUCUCUUGAGUCGAAACACCAAAGCAUUAAAUCUUUAUCGCUUUCUUCCUUCCUUCCUUCUUUCUUUCUCUCUUUUUUCUUUCUUUUUUUCUUCUUUCUUUCUUUCUUUUUUCUUCUUUCUUUCUUUCUUUCAGUUACAUGAUAUCUUUCUUUCGUUCAUUCUUUUUUCUUUCUUUCUUACUUUCUUUCUUUCUUUCUUUCUUUCCUUCCUUAAAGGCAUUUUCUUUCGUUCUUACUGUCUUUCUUUUUUCAUUCUUUCUUUCUUUCUUUCUUUCUUUCUUUCUUUCUUUCUUUCAUUAUCGCCCUUCCUCUCUCUCUCUCUCUCUAUCAUCUUAUAUUCGUUCUUUUGCUCCAUGUCCAAGCAUAUUUGUCUUUUAUUUAUUCACUUAUAUUUCAAUAUUAUUUUGUCCAUAACAUAUUUUUCUUUCUUUUUACUUUCGUAUCUUAUUCUUAUACAUUCAUUUGCUUUUUACUUUUUUUUAUAUUAA